AUGUCCCUUCUAACAGCAACAGGUUUUUUCCGAAGUGCUUGGUUGUGUACAGUCCUCAUUCAGAACACGAUCGAUGAGUAUCUCGAGUUUAGGCAGUUGAAGAAGAAUGCUGGCACUAAGAUGCCGCAUGAAGUUAAAGGCUUAGUCGAUGAGGAAACUUUCGUGAAAUCGCAAAAAUACAACUACGAUAAACGCCUUUUUGGAAUGCUAGUAUCCUUUCUGGAGAUGCUUUUCGACAUUUGGGUGACACUAAGAGUAACCGGCGCUCUCUUCGUGUGGACUGGUACUGUCGUUUCCCCUGAAAAUGAGUAUAUGCGUACUAUACUCUGGUUUAUAGUUGGAUCUUGGAUGAACAAUGUUAUUGCUAUUCCAAUAGCAGCAUACCGCACUUUUGUUAUCGAGCAACGCCAUGGCUUCAACAGGAUGACCGCUAAACUGUUCAUCACAGAUCUUGUGAAAUCCGAGAUCAUCUCCAUGGUAUUUGUAUUCCUCCUAGUCCCACCUGUCAUCUACCUGAUCCGUUGGGGAGGUGAAUACUUCUAUGUGUACGUUUGGGUCUUUGCCCAAGUUGUCGUUGUGGUGAUGAUGUUCGUCUACCCGGCAAUCAUCCAACCCCUCUUCAACAAAUACGAGCCACUUCACGACAUGCAACUUCGCGAGAAGAUCGAGGCAUUGGCUGCUUCCCAUCACUUCCCACUCACUAAACUCUUCCAGGUAUUAUGGUGGACGUUCGAGUUUCAAGCCGACCGUUUCUCAGUUGAUGAUGGUCGUAGUGGUGACUUGAAAACAGCCCUGACCAAACUGCAGAAGGACAAUCUUGGGGAUAUGGAUCCUGACAGACUAUAUGCAUGGGUGAAGUACACUCAUCCAGCUAUUGUAGAGCGUCUGAGAGGCAUUGAAGAUGCACAAGCUCUGUAUGAGAAAAGAGGAGGCAAGCCCGCAGCUAUAUUCGAGACUUCUAAAGACAAGGAAGAUGGAGUAUUAGUGGAGAAGGAGGACGUGCCUGCUGAUGCUGGUUUGAGGGAGCGCAAGUAG